AUGGAAGAAACUUUUGAAGUUGACAGUAGUAUUAGGACUAAGACGAUUUAUGAGCAACCGUGUGUGUACAUGUACCCAAUAUCAUAUAAAUCACAGAUUAAUAUGAAUCAUGAAGGACUUUAUGAUGAGUGGAAGUCUUUUCCAUUUGUUGACAACCCUGAUCAUACAGGAGAAAUGUUUGGUGAAUAUAAUACUAAAAUAGGUAAAACUGACAAUACUAACAAACUGCAUGAUAAAUACCAACAGCUUUAUGAGAAAUAUAAUCAAGAAAAUGGUAGACUAAUUGGUGAUGGGAAUAAAAGUGAUACUAUUAACGGAACUGAUGAUAAAAAACAAGAUGUUGUAGAUAGUGAUAAUGAUAUAAAACCAGUGGAAGGAGGACUAGAGGAUAUGACCAGUGAAUGGACUGUUGCAGAGAAUAAAAAAGAAAGGAAACAUAGAAGAAAUAGAGAAAAUAGAAAAUCACAUAGGCAUCAUAAAUCAGUGAAGAAAGAUUUAUCUGAAGAACAGAAGGAAUUAAAAAGAGAGAAAAGAAUAGAUGCAGAUACUAAUGAUGAAACCAAUGAUGCACUAGAUGGAAUUGAUAUUGAUAAAUUCUACAAGGAACAUCCUUAUUUUAAGAAAAAUGUUGCAACAAUUACAGACACUGUGAAGGAUAAUGUUGAUAAACCAAGUACAACUGAUACAUAUGCAACUGGUGAUUCAUCUGAGGCCAAACAAGUCAUCACUGAAGAUAGCGAUAGUGAAGAUGAUGCAGAUCAGAAAGAUGCUGAUGAUUAUGAUGAAGAUGAUGAUCAUGAUGAUAAAGUGGCAACCAGUAAAGAGAGUGAAUCGCAAGAUGAAAGCAGUGAAGCUUACAAUGACUAUUAUGAUUACUAUGAUGAAGAUGGUGAUAGUAGUUACAGUAGCAGUGAAGAAAGAGCUGAACAAGAAAUGCUUAAUCAGACUCCCCAUGACUGGUUCAAACAGUAUGAUAGAAUGUAUGGUGAUCAACCUGCACAAACUGAGACCCAGUCUGAAAAUAAUUCCAAAGAUGAGGAUGAAAAGAAGGCAAAAGAGGUAAAGGACAAGAAGUAUGUUGAUAAGGAGAAGAUUGUAACAGAUAAAAGCAGCAUACCAAAGACAGAUGUGGAACCAAGCACCAGUCCAAACCCGCCCACACCAAAAAAAGAUAUCAAGUCUACUGUCACACAACCUGCUUAUCCACAAUGGAAGGAAAGAGUUGAAACAUGGAACUUGAUAGAAUCUAAGCCAGUUGAGUCCUGUAAUGAAGAUGCAGGCUGUGCUUCAGGACGUAUGUGCAAGUUUGGACUGUGUCUCUGUGGACAACCUGACUUCUGUGAUGGCCAUUACAAACCAGUCUGUGGAUCUGAUGGUAGACUGUAUCCCAGUCAUUGUGAGCUUCACAGAACAGCUUGUGUUCUUGGUGUACAUAUUAGACUGGACCAUGACUCUAACUGUGAAGUCAACGUUGUUGGACCAUUGGUCAUUGAGAAGAAAGUGGAUCAAAGCACAAGUCAAACAUCUACUGUUGUUGACCCCAAGACUGACGGAUCACAGGAAACAACAACUGAAACAACAACAUCAGAAUCAGCAGAUAAUGUCAAAAUUAACAAAGCUCCAAAGAUAGCCGAAAUCAGACUUACAGCAGUGCAUGACCAUCUUAAAUCUUUAGAAGAAGAUGAAUCAAAAGACAGUAAAGUUGAUGUGAAUAUCAUUGAAGGAAGUAGAGAUGAAGUAUCUGAAGAUGUUGAUGCAGAAAAUACUCAGCAAACAUCAGUAGAGAGUAAAGAGGACAGUUUUGUUGUCAGUAAGGACACUGAAACUACUGCUGCUGAUGAUGAUAGUGAUGACGAUGAUGAUGAUAAUGAUGAUGAUGAGGAUGUUGGUUUAGAAGAUAAUCAUACUUUAGAUGGCAAAUUUGACUUUGACGAUGAUUAUGACUCAGAUGAUGAUGACUAUUAUGAUGAUUAUUAUGAUGAUGAUGACAGUGAUGAAGAAAGUGAAAGCACGGAAGAGACUGAUGACUCCUCUGAGGAAGACACACCAAGUCUGGUACCAAUGUUUUGCACACCAGAUCUGUAUCAGAAGUUUAAAGCAGACGUUCUAGAGUACCAUUGUAUCUUCUUUGAUGAGGAGCAUUGUGAUCGACAAACACAAGAAGAAAAACAGAAACUUGCAGCGGUCAUGUUCAACUAUUUCGACAGAGAUCUCAGCAACCAUAUUGAAAAGGAGGAAUUGUGGGAAAUGCAGCUUCUGGAGAGAAUGGAUGAGAUUUCCUCUUUGUGCACAUUACUUGACAUUGUAACCUUCGAUGAACUUGGAGAGAGGGAUUCCAAGCUCUCUAUUGAUGAAUUUAUCCAAGCUUUUGACAUACCUGACCUGUUGGAACACAAGACAGAGAUUGUACCACUAUCAGCAACAGUUGGUAAUGGACUUGAUAUCAAAUGUGACAUCACAGAAUCUUCUGACAUCAUCUGGAAGAGGAAUGGAGUUGACCUUAGCCUUAUUGACUUCCCAGGAAUUUCAGUGUUAGGAGAGGGCAGCUUGUACCUGGAUACAGUUGGAUUUCACAUGGUUGGCAACUUGACAUGUCAUGAGAGACAAAAACCUUCCAUCAAACAGGUCCAUCAGCUUACAGUUCAGAAGCCCCCACAUGUGCUGAUCCAUGUUGACUCACACGAACAAGGUCAAGGUAUAAGCUUUGAUAUCCGUUGUCAUGCUGAAGGUUACCCUAAACCUACAAUCACCUGGAUGUUUGAAGACCAACCUGUAAAACAAGGAGCUAAAUAUCACAUACAAAUGUUUGACAACACCCUAACAGUACAGGACCCAGACUAUGUGAAGGAUACUGGGGUAUAUAAAUGUCUUGCCAAAAACCCAGGAAAUGGAGAAAGUGAAGCCUCAGUUACAAUAACUGUACACAGUGAUAAUGAUACCAGCUUUUAUGAUAAUGGUGAUUUUGAAGAGACGUUCAUCAUAUUCCAUGACAAUGGCUACACGUUGCAUGAGCCUAGAGAGUGUCUUACCCAGCGUCAUGUCUUACCCGACUUUGGCAACUUCUUCUUUGUCCCAGACGAGCUUGAUGCCCCACCUUCUCUGUGUGAACCUGGAAUACCUUGUGUUUGGGGCGGGGCUAUAAAUGUUAAGAAUACCUUUGUUUAUGCAACUCAGCCAAGAGAAAAUAGAGUGGUUGUCAUUGAUAUGGAUACAUUUAACCCAAAUCAGGUGAUUUUCACAGACCACAUGCCUGUAUCUCUACACUACAUUGCUCACCUGGAUGAAGUAUGGGUGUUGUGUUGGAAUGGUGAGGAUGAUAAUGGAUCUAAAACUGUAGUUAUCAUCAGGAAUGCCAGUCAGAAAACACAGCAUCAUGCAGUACAUACACAACCUAUUGGAAACAAAUUUGUUCAGGUUCAGGAUAUUUUCUUGCCAAAUGACAAUGAGUUCCACCACCCAUACAAGUUUGGUUACACUGUACACAAUGGUCAGCAAGGCUUAUUUAAGAUUAGUCUUGAGGAGAAGAAAUAUACCAGAGCUGUUGACCUCACCAAAUAUGACUGUGUUCCAAAGUCUGUGGCUUUCGUACCAUUAGGAGGACAUUCGUUGAUACAGUGUGUAAAGAAGACAUCAUAUGACACCACUACACAUAUUCUGACCCUGGAUUAUAUCACAGAUACUGUUAAAGACAACAUGACACUAGCAGCCACACCAUAUGUAUCUCCUGAUGUCAAUAAUGUUGUGUUUGUUGAGGAGGAAACUGGCAAAAUUAUUAUCAAUCAAAUCACAGAUAAUGGGAAGAUAGUGCACCAGUUUGAUGUGACAGUUGGUUCAUCUGUAGGUCAUGUGACCUUCCACAAGGCAAGAUACAGCCAUGGAUACGACCUUUACCUUACAUCAACACAAUAUCCACAUAUAUACUCCAUCAGUCUUGAAAAUGGAAAAGUAGACACCAUCAAAGACAUUGGACAACCAGACUCCGAGAUGUAUUUGCCAUGGUUUAAGAAAGGCCGACCCUUGGAAACAGGAAAUGUCUUCAGUGAUUUCCUGGGCACGACGGCAAUGUCCUCAAUGUUGAUACUGAAUGGAAGACAUCAUAAUAUACAGUGUGACUAUAGAGACCUGCAGAACCCUGCCGUUGUCAUAUAUGCACACCUUACAUUGUAGGAGAAACAGGGGAGAUAAUAACAAUGUGAAAAUUUAAAAAGGGAGAUAAAACAAUUUGAACAGAUAUAAAGGGAGAAAAUAACAAUUAAAAAUAUCUAUCAAGGGAGAUAACCAAGGAUGCAGAAUGAAUUAUCAGUAAAAAAUUAACAUUUUGAUUUGAACUCGGAGAAAAAAAAAUUGUUUACAGAAAAGCAAUAGUUGAGAAAAAAUGUUUUUUAUUCUCUCUCGAAAUAGUUCAUUAUUCAUACGUUCCUGUGUGUGCGUAGGAAUAUUUUCUUAUCUAGAAUUAGAAAUCAUGUUUUUACAUCACAUCCUUUUUGAUUCUUUGAUUAAAUGGUAAGUGAUAUGUGGAUUUAUGACAAGUAUGUUUUGAUUAUUUAAUGAACAUGUGUUUCAAUGUUAGGCAAUGUAUAAUAAUCUCUAGACAAAUAUGUAUAUACAUUUGGAAUGAAAACCAAUGUAUAAAUGAGUUGUAUUUUCUCAAACAAUUUAGAAAUUUCUCUCUCCAUAGGCAUUAGAAUUGAAAGUUAUAAGAACUGUUUUUGGUGCAAAAAUAAUGUAAGAAAGUCAUAAAUAAAUACCACUUGUUGGUAAAUGGAACCUAGAUAUAUUAUUCAAACAGGGUAGUUUGUAUGUUGAUAUCUGAUGUAGAGGGAUGUAACGAUAUAGCCCAGGUUAGUGUCAAUGUUUUCCCUGAAAUAUUUUACCUGUGUAUUUCCUAAAUGUAUUAAAUAUCACACAUUAUAAUUGGCUAUAUUAUCCAGUACGUACAAAACUAUUGCAUUUUGUCACUUAUGUAUAUUGUAUUGUACAUGUGUCUGCCCAAUUAACAAGUUUAUUUUCCAGUUUUUUCUUCUUUGUAAGCAUUUUUUUGUGUGUGUGAAAAUGCCUUAUCACAGUCUUUAAUCUACUUGGGCUGUUACAUCACUGUAUAUUAGAUGUCAAUGUACAUGAUGAAAGUAAAUGUACUUGAUUAGAGUACAUGUACAUGUUUGAAAUACAUGUACUUCAUUAAGAGUUUAUAUGUAUGUUUGAAAUACAUGUACUUGAUUAGAGUACAUGUAUAUAAUAUGGUACAUGUACAUAAUUAGGAUGCAUAUACAUCUUUAGGGUAAAUGUACAUAUUCCUUGACAAUACAAAAGGUCAUGAUUUUAGACAAAAGGUCGUGAUUAUAGACAAAAGGUCGUGAUUCUAGACAAAAGGUCGUGAUUCUAGACAAAAGGUCAUGGAAGUUUAACCACCAGAGUUUUUCUUAACUGCUGCUGAAUGUUUUUUUAACUAAUGUUUAUUCAAGAAAUAACAACAUGGAGGGUCACAAACAAAAUUUACAUCAAAAUAUUUUAUCAUGAUCUUUCACCAUGUGUUUUGUUUUAUUUGAUCAAAUUAAAUAAAUACUACACAUAUAUAGUGUAUGAAAUCAUAUGAAGGGUUUAAAUAGGCUGUAUAUUGUUUGUUCUAUACAAGUUUUGCUUGUUGUAUUAGAGACCAGAAGUUAAGUGUCUUGAAAACAUUUAUAUUCAUUCCAGUUUCAGUUUAUAAAACUGCUUACUGCUUUUAUUUCAAUGUUAUUUUGUGAAGCUUAUUUGUAGCUUUGAUACUUCUCCAACAAAAAUACUGAGAGAAAUGAAAAUUCAUUACGGUAAUUAAAAACAAGAUAAAUCUUUCACAUAGUGGAUGAACUUCAUAAAGAUGAAAAUGUUAUUAAAUUUCCCAAAGAUAUUAUGGCAUGCAGUCAUAAUCUUAAUGGUUUUUAAGUACCAAAUCUUAAUGGUUUUCAAGUACUAAAAUUUGAUCAACUUUUGAGUUUUGUUAUCCUUAACUUGUAAAUGGUCCCUGUUCAAACAGUGAAAGUAGAUGGCUAAAUAGUGCUAUGAACUAACGCUCGUAUGUUAUAGAUACCCAACAAAAAUAUUCUUGAAAAAUUGGUAAAACCAAAAAAAAAUGUGUAUUGUUGAAACUUGAUGUUCAAUAGCUCAUGUUCAAGUAUGUAAAACACUAAUUUAUGUAUAUGUUUGUAUGUAUAUAUGUUAAUAUAACUGUUAAACAGCUUGUUCAAAGUGUACACAUUUUUUUAAAACAUCCAUUGUUGCAAUAUAUCUGUAUGUUUUACAUUAAGUUUAUAUAAUCUACCUUAAGUUUUGGUUUUUUGUCUUUCAAACUUUCCUCUUUGUUAGUACAUUCCCUCCUGUAAAAGCGUGUAUUUGUACAGUGAUUUUAUUUUCUAUUGUUUGUCUACUAUUUUUACUUUAUAUUCUUCAUACUUAACCAUUGCUUUUGUAUGUUUUUUAUUUUACACAUAAGAUGUACAUGUAUGGGUGGUCCCAAGUUUACCUGCCACUUUUUAAAAAAAUCUUUUUGAUUUUAUUUUUACACACUUUGAGAAGUUGUGAUUUUUGAAGAUACUUUUGGAGAGUAUAUUUGUGUUUGAUGUUUAGAUAAGAAUUACUGACAUGUGUACAAGAUGUGUAAGUGAUUAACACAGGUAUCUUGUUGUUAUUAAUCAUGGUUUCAAAUAUUCAAGUUUUGAUAGGAAAAUCUCCAAGCUUUUGUCAUCACAAGAUAAAAACAUUUUUGUCAAAUAGUUUAUAGAAUAAUCAACACCUUUGUACAAGUAUUUCAAAGGUAACUUCAGAAGAAUUUGAUUGUCAUUGUGAAGAUGUUGUUAAGCUAAGAUUUUUAACUCCAAUUUUAAUGCAAGAUUAUUGUGUGUGUGUAACAUAUUUUGCAUUUUUUUGUAAAACAAAAUGAAGAUGAAAGAGUUGUUCUUUGAAAAUUAUCAAUAUAAUUUUUGAGUUAUUUCUGUUUUGGAGUUAUAACAUUUGUAGGUGGCUGUAUGUGGUGCUGUUGUUAAGGAACAAUUGUUGUUGCAUUGAGGUGUUUUUUUUUCAAAAUUGAAUUGAGAGAAUUGAACAAUAUUAUUAAGGUAGCAUUCCUCCAGAUCUGUGCUGGAAAUAUAAGUAUACCGUAUUAAAAAAAGUAACUUAAACUAGUUCACACAGAAGAUAGUUACAGGUACCAAUAAAAUAUGAAAAUAUGCACACAAAAAAAUAAUUAAGGUGUUAGUAUAUUUUGAUGACCAAAUAGUAAAGUUUUCAUAAAACAUUUCAAGUAUCAUUUCAGUUAGUCUUUGAUUAAUGAGGGUGCAUCCAUCUGCCAGGUAAGGCACAAAAAGCAGCUUUUGCUAUGAUUACAGAACAAGACAUGUCACCAAUCAUGCUAAGGCCUUUUGAGGUUUAUUUUGUAGUAGAAAGUGGUGAUUAUUAACCUCCAUGCAAUUUCUGCAGAGCAUUAGCCAAAGAUAUGAAUUUUGAGCUGAAAGUAGCUUAUUGUACUGCAGUUCAAUGGCAUCUCCUGGAUUGCAAAUAUUUUUAUACAUUUCUAAAGUUUUGACAUUUGUAGAAAAUUUAUUCACUCAUGUGGAGGUAUGCAUCUUUAACAUACAUGUAAUUGAGGUGAUUAAAUUAAUGUAACUGGGUGAAAGGAUCAUGAUUUAAGCUUGGUAAUAUAUUUAAGCCAUAUAUAAGUGUUGUGAAGUAGAUGUUGUUGGUUUUCUUACAUUGUCUUGUUUUAUUAUUAUCUCAUGUGGCUUCGUUGUCAUGGAAACAUGCAAUAUUUCUGUGGCUGUAACAUGUAUAAAUGUAUCAGUACUUAUCAAACACGUGUUUUAAAAUCUCCUUGUCAGAAAUAUGUAUAUUCACAGGUCAUAUUUCAUUACUUCAUUCUAGUCAAAUCAAAUUAGUACAUCAAAAACGAUAAUAAUAUGAAGACAUCUAUAGAUAGUUUUACUGGUAGGAAAAAAAAAAACUUUUAAUGAUAAGGCACUUUGAAACUUGCAUUCAUGUAAAUGGUUUCUUAUUAUCAUGUUGAGACAUUAUUGUAUUAUAAAGAUAGCAUUGUAAACUAAUGCUUUUUUUGGUACUUUUUCUAACAAAAUACCGAGAGUGGAAAGUCUUGUGUUUUUCAGGAUUAUAAAAGAUAUAAUCUCCUAUAUUAAGUAUUAUUUUUUCUAGUUAUAACAAUUUCUUUCUCUCCAUGUAAAUGUCAGCAUCUCUACAUGUAACUUAUAAUGUUUGUAAAGUUGUAAUCAGCCAUUGCUACAGCUUAUAGACUUUGUUUUUUGUACAUGUAUAAAGGUAUUUCAACAAACAAAA